CACGUGACGUUCUCACUGCAGCAUCUUCAAAAUCCCACUUAGCGAUAGUGUAACGAAUACCAUCAUGAGCCAAUUAACCGAGAAUCCAUUCGCCUCCAAACAGUCCCUUGACCAAAAUCCCUUUGACGAUCCACAGGAACUCACUUCACCUUAUGUCGACCUUGAGCAGAGAGAGCGGGACCUUUCUCGGCGAGAAGCUGAACUUGCUGCCACACAGCAACAACUUGAGGCCCGGGGAAAAAUAAUUGGCCUCCAUUCUUCCCCCUGAUUUAUCACGACAUUGACGUGGAGAUACCUCAAGAGCAUCGAGCUAUUGUCACGAGGAUUUAUCAGUUAUGGCUUGUUCUGGCCGCUACCUUGAUACUGAACAUGGUCGCUUGCAUCUUCAUUCUUAUCGCUGGAUCGAGUGAUGGAGGAAAGGACCUUGGGGCAAGCAUAGGGUAUAUACCUAUAAUCGGGUUAGCAUCCUUCUUUCUGUGGUACAUGCCAAUAUACAAAGGCUAUAUGAAGGAGCAAGCACUGUUCUACUACAUCUAUUUCUUCUUCUGUGGCUGGCAUCUUCUCUUCAGCAUCUACAUGAUCAUUGGUAUACCGUCCACGGGCUCCGCAGGUAUUAUCCAAACCAUUAGCAUGCUCAGCCGGAAGCACAUCGUUGCCGGUGUACUGGGCAUCGUUGCAAGUGUUGGUUGGACUUUACAGGGCGUGGGGAAUUUGAUCUGUUAUAGGCAGGCACAUUUGGGCCCACCAUAACUCGCAAGGACACUCGUUGGACAAGGCAAAAGGGGAACUGGCAACGCACGGUGCAAAAUCAUUUUUCUCUCGAGGU